AUGAUAUUUAUUUUCUGUUUCUUUAAUAUUUUUCUCCAUUUCCUUUUGCUUUCUUUUUUCUGCCUUUCCUGCUUUCUUUCUUCCUUUCCAACUUUCUUACUUUCCAUUUUUCUUUUUCUUUCUUUCUUUCUUUCUUUCUUUCGUUAUUUCUUUCUUUCUUUCUUUCUUUCUUUCCGUGUUUCUUGCUUUAUAUCUUUUCUUUCUUUCUUUCUCUCGUUUUUUUCUUUCUUUCUGUCGAUCUUUCUUUCUUUAUAUCUUUUCUCCUUUCUUUCUUUCUUUCUUUCUUUCUUUCUUUCUUUCUUUCUUUCUCUUUACUUCCCAUCUUUCUUUCCAUCUUUUUUCCUUUAUAUCCUUUCUUAUUUCGUCCCAUCUUUCUUUCGUUCCAUCUUUCUUUCCUUCUAUCUUUCUUUCUUUCUUUCCAUCUUUCUUUAUAUAUUUUCUCUCUUUCUUUCUUUCUUUCUUUCUUUCUUUUUCGUGAAGUUUAUUUUGUAUUACUUUCUUUUAAAGUCUUUAUUUCUUUCUUUCUGCAUCAAAUUUUUCAUUUUUUCUUUCUUCAUACCGGUCUUCAUUCCUUUCUUCCUUUCUUUCUUCCUUUCUUUCAUUCUUUCUUUCAAAUUGAUGUUUCAUAUCAACACUUCUUUUAAUGAUUUACAGUCUUUCUUCCUUCCUUCAUCUAUUCCUUUCUUUUUUCCUUUCUUCCUUACUUUCUUUCAUUCUUUCUUUCUUUCUUUCUUUCUUUCUUUCAAAUUGAUAUUUUCCAUAUUAACGCUUCUUUUAAUUUUUUAA